UCGCGUGCCGUACCGGGGCGGGGUAUGAGAUUUAUCCAGCUACGAACAAGGAGCAUCUUUAUAUCUAAAAUGACAAUAUUUAGAGUGGAAUUCAUUUGAACUUGACUUCACAAAAUUUUCACGUCAGCACUAUCUAGACCAACUGUUUCGUUGAUGCAGCUUUGGACUAAUUCUAUUUUUCCUUACGCAUUUACACAACUUAAUUUUGUAGCUUAAUGUGCUAACUUUAGCUAGCUAAGUGGUGCAAAACUCAGAAAUAUAAACCUGGCCAUCGACUGGAAAGACUUUCUGUGGGCAAAAAUCUUUCAGAAUGGCCUUGUCGGAGACAGAUAAUGGCUGCUCUGGUGAAAAAGAAGAAGCCAUAGACGCCAUUGUCAAAAUGUGUGUCUUGAGUGGCUUCAGGGAGAAAAGCGAGGCCAUGUCCUUAAUCUCCAGCCUCCCUCAGGUUCAUGGGGAUCCAGCUGAAAACGAGACUGUAACUCAGAGGUUCUUAGUGAUAAUGAAUAUAUACCAAGAGAUGCCUCACCUGCUGGAUCCACACCUAGAAUGGAUGAUGAAGACUAUUUUGGAAUUCGUAAAGAGUGAGAAUUCUCCACCUUCAUUGGUUCACUUGAGCUUCAAGUUUCUUUACAUCAUCUGUAAGGUCAGAGGCUAUAAAAUCUUCAUGCAGCUUUUUCCUCAUGAGGUGUCUGAUGUCCAGCCAGUUCUUGAGCUGCUCUCCAGACAGGAUCCCGAUGAUUCGGAGACUUGGGAAACACGCUACAUGCUGUUGCUGUGGCUGUCCAUGACCUGCCUCAUACCCUUUGACCUUUCUCGCCUGGAUGGCCAUCUGGAGUCAGAGGAUGGUAAAGCCAGAGAGCCCAUCAUGGACCGUAUUCUGGCUAUUGCAAAGUCCUAUCUAGUUGUGAGUGGCAGUCCCAGAAAUGCUGCUUCAGUACUGGUGUCAAAGUUCAUGACCCGCCCUGAUGUGAAGCAGAAACGCCUCGGAGACUUUCUGGACUGGAGUCUCACCAUUAUAUCCCAGACCAGUGACCAUUCCAUGACAGACAUUGUGGUGCUGGAUGGUGCUCUGCAGUCUCUGGCAAAGCUGUUCAAACAUGGAAAACGAGAUGACCUCUUACAGUACGCUCCCACAGUUCUGCAAUGUCUGGAGCAGAAACAUCUGUCAGAGAGCAGCGAGGCCAUGCUGCGAAAACUCGGUGUCAAGCUAAUCCAGAGGCUUGGCCUCAACUUCCUGAAACCACGUUUGGCUGCAUGGAGGUACCAGAGAGGCAGCCGCUCCCUUGCAGCAAACCUUGCCAAGUCCCAGCCUACUUCAACCAGUACUGCUCUGACUCCUGAGAUGGAGAUACAAGAACAAGAGGAAGACUAUGACAUUCCUGAGGAAGUGGAGACUGUUAUUGAGCAUCUGCUGGUUGGACUGAAAGAUAAGGAAACGGUUGUGCGCUGGUCUGCAGCAAAGGGCAUUGGGAGGGUGACUGGGAGGCUUCCCAAGGAGCUGGCAGAUGAGGUGGUUGGAUCAGUUCUGGACUGCUUCAGCUUCCAGGAAACAGACAAUGCUUGGCAUGGAGGCUGCUUGGCACUGGCAGAACUGGGUCGGAGAGGGCUUCUGCUGCCCUCAAGGUUGUGUAAUGUUGUGCCACUUAUUGUUAAGUCCCUGACCUACGAGGAAAAGAGGGGAGCAUGCAGCGUUGGGUCCAACGUACGGGACUCUGCUUGCUAUGUGUGCUGGUCUUUUGCCAGAGCUUAUGAACCAAAGGAGCUCCAGCCUUUUGUCAACCAGAUUGCAAGCGCUUUGCUGAUCACAGCUGUGUUUGAUCGAAAUGUCAACUGCCGCAGAGCUGCUUCUGCUGCUUUCCAAGAGAAUGUCGGCAGACAGGGGACGUUUCCUCAUGGUAUUGAUAUCUUAACGACAGCAGACUACUAUGCUGUAGGAAAUCUCAACAACUGCUAUCUGAAUAUUAGUGCCUAUAUAGCCGGUUUCCCAGAGUACACCAAAUCCAUGAUAGACCAUUUGGUAGCCAUGAAGAUCAACCACUGGGAUGGUGCGGUCCGAGAACUCGCCACUAAAGCGCUUCACAACCUGACGCCUAAAGCACCUGAUUAUAUGGCAACAACAGUUCUGCCACAGCUUUUGAGCAUGGCCGUGAGUAUUGACCUCCUUGGUCGUCACGGAGCCAUCCUGGCUUGUGGAGAGAUCACACAUGCUCUGUACAAAGUGGUAAACAGGACUGUGGAGGACAUCAUUUCUCCAGAAUGUGUGGAUGCAUUAAAGAACAUUCACAAUGUGCUAAACGAAAGAAAACAAUACAAGGGUUUUGGUGGAUUGCUGAUGAGACCAGCAAUUUGUGGCCUAAUAGAAAAGAUGUCCCUGUCUAAAAUGCCUUUUAAGAACGACCCGAUCAUCACUGGCUGGCAGUGGAUUAUUGAUGACACCAUCCAGAGUCUCCAUCUUUUUUCAAGUGACGAUAGAGAUGGCAUUAUUGUUGCAGUAGUGUCAGCCUUAUCCGCUUUGUGUGAGGAGUACUACCAGGACCAUUCAGGCCAGGCUGACCCACAGAUGCAAGAUGUCCUGGUGUCUCAGUACAUUGAAGGCCUUAAGAAUCAGCAGAUGCUGACUCGUAGUGGAUCUGCCCUCGCCCUCGGCUCUCUUCCAAGAGCUAUGAUAAAAGGCAAACUGAAGCAGAUCUUUGAAGGCCUUCAGCAGAUGUGUGUUGUCAGCCAGAAGGAGGGGAAUUUCACGGAGGCAAGAAGAGAUGCAGUCAAAUCAAUUGCUCAAGUGUGUGUGAAGGCAGGUGUUUGUACCAACGGCUCCCCUGACUCUGUCAUCUGUUCAGAGAAUAUAUCUGAGGUGUAUGGCGUUCUGCUCAGUGGUCUUAAUGACUAUACUACAGACAGCAGAGGGGACGUCGGGGCAUGGGUAAGGGAGGCAGCGAUGACCAGUCUGAUGGAGGUGACCUUGCUAGUGGCCAGCAGCGCUCCUGAGGUCCUUUCACCUGACCUGGUGAAGCCUAUGAUGUGCUGCCUGGCUCAGCAGGCUGCAGAGAAGAUUGACCGCUACAGAGAGCACGCUGGCAACAUCUUCCUGCGCCUGCUCCACAGCACUGAGCCUGCAGUGCCUCACAUACCACACCGAGAGGAGCUGCUGAACAUCUUUCCAGCUGAAACCAUAAACGGUCUAAACUGGAAAGCUCCAUCCCAAGCUUUCAAGUACAUCACACAGCUGCUUGGAUUGCCUGAGUAUCAGUACCACACCCUACUGGGGCUCUCCGUGUCUGUGGGGGGGAUCACAGAGUCCACAGUGCAUUUUUCCUCCCAGUCACUGUUUGACUUUCUGAAAAAGAUUGAGAAAGAUGGUGUUGCUCUGGCACAGUUUGGAGAUACACUGCUGAGCAUCUUCAGAGGCAAUCUUCACAAUGACAGAGUGUCUGUUCCCUUACUUAAGAUGCUUAAUCAGAUGCUUUCCAACGGCUGCUUUGAAAUCUUCACCAAACAAGAAAAUCAUCCGUUCUGCGUGGACAUUUUGGCUCUUUGCAAAGAACUCAAGAAGUCCAAAGAUGUUUCCAAGCUGCGUGCCUGUAUAGAUGUUUUCUGUGGGCUAAUCCAGUUCCAGGGUGAGGUGAGGAGGAAGGUGUUGAGCCAGCUGCUGAUGCUACUCUGCCAUCCAUUCCCUGUGAUAAGAAAGACCACAGCCAGCCAAAUGUAUGAGAUGUUUCUGAUCUAUGAAGAUGUCAUUGAUCAAGAGGUGUUGGAUGAUGUCGUAACCUUACUAAGUGAUGCUAAAUGGGAGAGUGACAUCGCCACAGUGAGGACACACAGGAAUCAGCUUUGUGAUUGGUUAGGAGUUGCCAGGCCACAACCUGUUGCCAAGGGCUCUGCGCAGAUCUAAACAUCAGUGGCCCCAGUUAAAAACAGCAGAAACUGACACGUAGUGCCCUUCAAUAACUAUGCAUGAAUGAACUUUGACUGCUACACUGCUGAAGAUGUCCUGUGUCGGGUAGUCCAUCUGUCAGAAGAAUACAUGCAACUGCACCAACUGUUAAAAAGACAAUAAAUGUACAAAAACAUCA